UCCAAUGCCAUUUCUUCCGGCCUCAGAGACUGGAGAACAGCUCGAGUACAUCUUGAAAUUCUCUUUUACAACACAAUCAAAUGGGUCACAAAAUAUAUGUGUCUAUCCAUAUAUUGGUUUCCAUGUCCCCGAGAAUUGUGCCUUCUUGAUAAACAUCCAUGAACCAAUCAUAUGGUGCAUUCAUGAAAUGAUCCAGCAUGUUAAUCCCAGUAGGUUAUAUGAGUCACAAACAACCGCUGUUUCGGUUGAUCCAGUUAUACAGAUUGGUGUGCUUAACAUAUCGGAAAUCCGAUUCAAAGUAUCAAUGGGAAUGUCACCAACUCAAAGGCCAAGGGGCGUUCUUGGUUUCUGGUCAUCUUUGAUGACUGCUUUGGGGAACACUGAGAAUAUGCCAGUCAGGAUUAAUCAAAGAUUUCAUGAUAAUAUAUGCAUGCGGCAGAGUGCUCUUAUUAGUAAUGCCAUUUCCAACAUUCAAAAGGAUCUUCUUGGUCAGCCACUUCAACUGCUAUCUGGUGUUGAUAUACUUGGGAAUGCCAGCAGUGCAUUAGGCCAUAUGAGCAAAGGUGUUGCUGCAUUAUCAAUGGAUAAGAAGUUCAUACAAGGCCGCCAGAGACAGGACAAAGUCAUAGACAUAGGUGAUGUCAUUAGAGAGGGAGGUGGAGCUCUAGCUAAAGGCCUGUUCAGAGGAGUCGCUGGCAUCUUGACGAAGCCUCUAGAAGGUGCAAAAUCUUCCGGUGUUGAAGGAUUUGUUCAGGGUGUUGGUAAAGGUCUCAUAGGUGCUGCUGCACAGCCUGUGAGUGGUGUCUUGGAUCUUUUGUCGAAGACUACUGAAGGUGCAAAUGCUGUAAGAAUGAAAAUAACAGCUGCUAUAACUUCAGAAGAACUACUUCUUCGCCGCCGUCUUCCUCGAGUAAUUAGUGGGGAUAACUUGCUUCAUCCUUAUGAUGAUUACCGAGCCCAGGGACAGGUCAUCUUACAGCUGGCCGAAUCUGGUGCAUUUUUCGGCCAAGUCGUUGAUUUGCUUAAAGUUCGCGGGAAGUUUGCUUUGUCAGAUUCAUAUGAAGACCACUUUUUACUUCCUAAAGGAAAAAUACUUGUUGUCACCCAUCGAAGAGUUCUACUUUUACAGCAACCUUCUACCAUUAUGGCUCAAAGAAAGUUUAGUCCAGCACGAGAUCCGUGUUCAGUAUUGUGGGAUGUGUUAUGGGAUGAUCUCGUGACGAUGGAGCUAACCCAUGGAAAGAAGGACCACCAGAGGGGACCACCUUCACGGCUCGUACUUUACUUGCAGACAAGAUCAACAGAGUCAAGGGAACAGACGCGCAUCAUAAAAUGCAUUCGUGAAUCUCAACAGGCUGUCGAAAUUUAUUCUUCAAUUGAGCAAGCUAUGAGCAUUUACGGACCAAACCAUUUGAUGGGAAUGCAAAAGAAGAAAGUGACAAAGCCGUAUUCUCCAGGCACUGAAGAUGCAGAUUCUGAAGUAAUUCCAAAAGAAGGAGCCUGUGUCUGGAGUCCCCAACAAGUACCUGCAUCUGUCUCUUUGAGACCAACUUUUGGAAGCAGCUCAACUUGAUUAAGGACAAAAAAAUAGCAUUGCUUGGGAAUAUGGUGCAACUGUUUCCUUCUUGACAGGCCUAAAUGGUUUCAUUCAAAAGAUAUGUAUAUGAUUUACGAAGAGCAGCGGCUGUUUCUGGAGAGGAGGUUUCAGAGACUUACUCAACAAAGAUUUUGGCGAUAUCGUUGUAUUUGACAAUUUCUUCAGUUAAAAUAUAUAGAAAAGAAAUGCAGAAUCGAGUGUACAUAUAUGAAUCCAUAUAUUGAAAGCUUCCUCUGUAAAUACAACCAACUUUACUAGUCGGCAGUAACUUUAUGUUACACAUGCUGCCAUUUGUAUAUAUUAAUACCAGCAUUUCUGUUAUUCCCUUAAUGUUCUUUCUAGUUUCU